AUGCAGAAGGCAUCAAAGUUGCACAAACAGCCUCCUAGGUGGUGGAAUAACAGCCUAGUACAUCCCAUGGAAACUCAGCUUAGGAAGGCAUCUGACACUCAACCGACUGAGCCACCUGGCGCCCCUGAAGCAUUUCUUAAUUCUCGAAAAGCUGGUAAAGAAAAAGAUGGCACAAAAAGAAAAUCUUUAUCUGACAGUGAAUCUGAUGAUAGCAAGUCAAAGGAGAAAAGAGAUGGUGCUGAGAAACGCAGAGCCUUUACCAGAGGUCUUGAUCCUGAACGAAUAAUUGGUGCCACAUACAGCAGUGCAGAAUUAAUGUUCCUCAUGAAACGGAAAGAUUUAGAUGACGCCCACUCGGUGCUGGCAAAAGAGGCAAAUAUGAAGUGUCCUCAAAUUGUAAUUGCUUUUUAUGAAGAGAAACUAACUUGGCAUUCUUAUCCAGAAGAUGAAGCUCGGUAAUUGUUUCCAUUGC